CUCACCUCGACCGUCUAAUUCCUCAGGGGAAGCGGUCUCGUCGUCCUUCCCCUCCACCCGUCCUUUGUCCUCUCCCGCCGACUUUGGCCGUCUCAUUGCCCAAUAUGACUGCCACCAAGGCAGAAUCUCAAAAGAUUUUUGAGAAACUCAAACUAAAACCUGCGAACAAGGUGUGUUUCGACUGUGGUUCCAAGAAUCCCACAUGGUCCUCUGUUCCUUUUGGUAUCUACCUGUGCCUUGACUGUUCGGCAAACCAUCGAAAUCUCGGCGUUCACAUCUCCUUCGUUCGCUCCACGAACCUGGAUCAAUGGCAAUGGGAACAGCUCCGUCUCAUGAAAGUAGGUGGGAAUGAGUCCGCCACCAAGUAUUUCCAGUCGCACGGAGGGUCUGCUGCUCUCGCGAGCAAGGACCCCAAGGUGAAAUACACUUGUCCCGCGGCCGAGAAGUACAAGGAAGAAUUGAAGAAACGGGCUGCAACGGAUGCGGAACAGUACCCCGACGAAGUUGUGAUCACGGACGUUCCAACUGGCACCUCCACUGACGGCACUAACACCCCUGCUGGUGAUACGGAAGAUGAUUUUUUCUCAUCCUGGGACAAACCGUCUAUCAAGCGACCCAGCAAUCCUCCUUCCCGUACAGGCACGCCCCCUAUUGUGGGCCGUACCGCAUCGCCUUUCCUGAACGCUGGCGCAAAUGGAAAUGGCACGCGCUCAAAGUCUCCUCUUUCGGCCUCCGCUUCGGAUAGAGAGAGUACCGCGUCUACUCCGGCAGCUAUCAAGGCCGGGCCAGCCGUCCGGAAAGCUCCUGCAGCGGGCGGCGCGAAGAAGGCUAGUGUUCUGGGUGCCAAGAGAGCUCCGAAACUCGGGGCCAAGAAGGUGGUCGGUGCUGAGGCUAUUGACUUUGAAGAGGCGGAGAGGAAGGCUAAAGAAGAGGCAGAGCGUAUAGAAAGACUCGGCUACGACCCUGAUGCAAAACCGGCCCCUGAAGCUAAGAAGGAUGAGAACUCGGGCUCUUCCGCAACUCCUCUUGCCACUCCUGUUCCUAUCAAACCCAGUGCAAACAAGUUCGGCGCGAACAAGAAAUCGCACGAAAGGAACUCGAGUGACCUGGAACGUCUUGGAAUGGGCGUUGGAAGGCUUGGAUUCGGUCAAACCUCAAAGCCAGCCCCUAAGAAGAAAUUGGGAUUCGGUGCUGUCGGCUCUGCCGCUGCUCGGACUCCUGUUGAUGAAGAGGAACUGGAGCAGACCCGGUCGCGAUUCGGCAACCAGAAGGGUAUCUCCUCGGAUGAAUUCUUUGGACGUGAUAGAUUUGAUCCUGCUGCGCAAGCAGAAGCCAAGCAACGGCUCCGGGAGUUUGACAGUGCUACAUCUAUCUCCAGCAAUGCCUAUUUCGGCCGGCCCGAAGAUGAUCUUUCAGUGGAUGAUUCAUAUGGGGAUUUAGAGAGCGCAGCCAAGGACUUUGUCCGCCGCUUUGGUAUAACUGCUGGCGAUGAUCUAGAGAACCUUACUCAUCUUCUGGGAGAGGGAGCGACUAGAUUGCAAGGUGCUAUCCGGAGCUACCUGAACAGCUAGAUUAUGUGCGUUAUCGAUUAGCGAUUCGAAAAUUUCUAUCAACGGUCCAGAAUGAAAACAGAACCCCAAAGUUUGUCCCCUUGUUUGGCGGCUCGAGAGGCGUUUUGUUUUUCUUCUCUGGUCAAGCAGUUGCUGGCAAACGGUGCUGUUUCUUUCAUUCCCAUGCAUUAUGAAUCUUUUAGUCGAAACAUCCUUUCUAUCUCUUUAUGUUCUUGCCUUGCCUUGUAUUUCACUUCCUCUCUUCUUCACCUUCUCAAGACUUCUUGGUUGAUAUAGUCAAUAUAAUAUAUUUUAUUCCAAACUGUCAGCAAAAGGUAACGCUUGUUAUGUAUAUAUUUCUUGGAUCAAAUAAAUCCGAUUAGAUCAAAAGCAUAUAGC